CCGUCUCCUCCGCCUUUUCCUGCUUCUCUGCCUCGCUUCGUACGGGACCUUCAGCGGCCCAGGGAUCGUCAACGUGUCCGCGUAUGCCCUGCCACGUUCGCGUCGACUGCUCACCGAGCCCAGUUAUCCUCACCACUCACACGCGCCGGCGCUGGCGGCAGCUGCCCCCCCGGGUCGCCCAACAAGCUUAAACGAGGAAUGGCUGGUCUCUUGAGGCUUGUUUGCAUAACUGGCUUUGGGCGGAUGACUUCCCAUACUCCAACUUUUUCUGCCGUUUAUCCUCUCCCUAUGCCUAUGCUGCUGUUAACCCUCCAUUUUCUUCAUUGCCUCUAAUUGUCAAUCAUAUCCACUCUCAGGGGGGAUACCCCUAGCUAUCCGAGCUUCAGUCAACUGCGAUAUCCCCUUUAAUAUCACCAGUCCGGAGCUUCAUCACGACUACGUCCAAGAAAAAACGCCGACGGUCUCAUUCAUCAAUCUUGAUCGACGUCACUGUUCCUUGGUGAAGCUUCAAGGGGCCUGGCAUCGUCCGACCUCAUAAACCCCCUCAGCCACACCCUUCCUUCGACCUGUCCGCUAACCGCCUAGCCUACGGAUACGCUUGUCACGCUUGUCUCUCCCGAGCCCCAACUCCUAAAAGAGGUCCCGGCCACCCUAACCGUUGUUCUAUUGUGACACUCGUAUCUGGAAAAGACUAGGGGACCAGCCUCCAAAGUGGGCAAGUCUCCAAGCAAGUUCUCCAAGAGAAAAAAGAGAGAAAAGGACGAACAGACGAAAAGCUUGAACUCCACCCUGCUGAAACGCGACGCAUUGUCGCCACAAGGCUUAGGACCUCGGAAUACCUCAACUCAACUCAACCCGCGACCCCUGCCAUCUGCCCUCUGCCCGUUGGACCUUUCGAUCUUUCUUCGCCGACGUCUUUCGUGCGGUGUGCUUCGCCUCGAGUUUCUGUCCGUACACUCUCAAGGUCACCACACCCGCGUCUUCCAACGCCUCUGCAGAAGGACACGGGCUACGGAUCGUGUUACUGGUUGCUGCUGCUUGUCUGCUUGCUGCUUCUGCUGCGGCUGGCCGUCAGAGAACUGUGCGCUCUGCCUCAACCCGGCUUGCAUCAUUCUACUUUUCCCUCUCUCCCUCACUCUCUUUUUGAGUUCAGCUCCGCGGUCAACCCGUGUCUGCCAUCUCCCGUCUGGCCUCUUCCUAAGAGCGGUUGAGGGAAGAGCUGAUACGAUACGAGUCGUUCUGGGCCGAACAUCCGCGAACCCCAGACAGAAGCCUCCCAGGCCUCCCAAACGAACGAAUCCGUCCAUUCAUCCAACGUCUCUUCUCCCACCACCGCCAAUCGCCACUACCACCACACUUUGUAUCCUCUUUAUGUCAGCCUACCAUCGAUCCUGGAUGCUUGUUCUCACCUCCUCCGUUCAUGCUAUCCCGCCCAACACUGCUACCGGGCCAUAGGCCGUCUUUUGCGCCGUCCCUCUGCCGUUGAGCGUGCAACAUCAAUCUUGGGACGAAAACGAAACUUUGCGCCGCACGUCUCUCCUCUGUCUCUCUCUCUUCUCUCAGCUCAGCUCACGUAGCACUCCGCCUCAUUCAACCUCACUCUCACGAGAGCUAUCCGCUCACAGCUCUUUUCUCAUCCCUUCCCUUUCUUCCUUUCCUCCCCCUCCUCCCUUUCCCUCGCAUCAUACGGCCAGGUCACCGCCGUAUAACACAUCGUCAAACUGUCUCCAUUCCUAUCUUCUCCCCCCGGCUCACCCCCGAUGCCGACUCCGCCGACAGAGGAUGACCGCCAGCGGCGGAUCAUCCAGUUUGCGGAGGAAUGGGGUCUCGAGCCCCCGCCGUCGCCGACGCCCCUGACGCGGCCCUCCAGCCCCCCCAGCUUCCGGACCCCGGAGGACGACUUCAAGGCCGAGGAGCUGCUCAAGCGCAAGCAAAUGUCACACGGCCGCACAGAAUCCACCACGAACCUGCGGCGCGCCUUCACGGGGAAGAAGAAGUCGUGGGACUACAAGGUCGUCUUCGACACCCUCGACAAGCACGUCGCCGACCGCGGAUCGCCCGGUGUGGCGGAGGCUCUCAUCACACAGCUCGUCUCGUCCGGCGGCGACGUCAACAUGGCGCAAAAGGCAAAGACGAGCAUCCUGCCUCGAAGGAAAAGUCUCGACAGCUUCGGCGAGCGGAGUAAGUUGCUGCAGCACGCCGUGCACAAUGGCCAGAUCGACAUGAUUCAGGUCCUGUUGCCGCACGCCGACACAUUUGCCCUGGACGCCUCAUUACCGGUCGCCAUGCAGUCUGAAAACGUAGAGGUCGUCGAACUUCUUCUACGCUACGGCGCCGGGGUGGCGCAUAGCCCCGAGGCUCAGGACUCGUUCCGCCAGGCGUGCGCGGCGGGCGGGCAGGCGGAUCUGGUAGGGAUUGUCCUCCGGUCUGAGGGCCGGCCACCGACUUCGUGGCUCUCGCAGUGUAUGGUGGACGCGACCAAGGCAGGGUGUUUGGAAACGGUGCUUCAACUCAGUCGAUCCAAUGCCGACGGCGACUACAACCAGGCGGAGGCGCUCAAAGUCGCGAUUAGCCAGGGACGUCACGACAUUGCUCUCGCGAUUCUCAUGGGAAACCAUCCGCCGAAACGCCCGGGACUGGACGAGGCUUUCUCAAAUUUGCUGGAUCACCCGUCGAUGAACCCAAGAGACAAGCUUGCCGUAGCCGAGCUACUGCUAUGCGCCGGCACAGACGGCGAUGCACCGGCCAUGGCACUCAUCCACGCCGCAGCAGCAGAAUUCCAAGACAUGGUCAGUCUUUUGGUCAAGUACGGGGUCUCAAUAGAGUAUCAGGACGCAAUGGCCAUACGGAAAGCCGUUCAGAAUGGACGGGUAGACGUGGCGCACAUCAUCCUCAGCGGCAAUGCGGAACUAAGUGCAACACAUGCCUCCGAGUGCGUCGAGCUCAUACCGAAAAACAUGGGCGUAGAAAGCCGUCGGUUAUUGUUGGAUUUGCUGUUACGGAGAGGGGCAAACGGGACAGCGCUACACGACAUGCUCAUUGAGGCGGCGGAGGCAGGCGACGUCGAUUCAGCCAAGCUUCUUCUCACAGCCGUCUUCCCUGGAGGACGUCCCAUUGCCGAACAUGAUGUGAAGAAGGGACCGAGAUCAAUGGUGUAUGAUCGCCACCAAACGGCAUCCGUCGACCAUAAGGGCGGUUUGGCUCUGCAGAUCGCAGUCAUGAGGAGUGAUGCGGCGAUGGCCAAGGAGCUUCUCAUGAGCAAACCAUCAAGCGACACACUAGCCCAAAUCUUCCCUCUCACCAAGACACUAUCACGAAAAAACAGGUAUCGAAUGGUGGAAUGUUUUCUCACGAGUGGUCUCGCUGGGCCCAUCGUUCACGACGCGUUACAAGAAGCCAUUGAUGAGGAGCCACCACAUCGCGAUGAAGACCUGAUCGGACUGUUUCUUAAGUACAAUACCGACAUCAACACCAACGAGGGCUCAGCUUUAGUAGCUGCUGUGGCGCAAAAGGACGUGAGGCUACUCAAUGCGCUGCUCAAGAAGAACGUGACGCCUCACACUGCCGCUGGUGUGCUACCCAGGAUCAUCGCGACUCAAGAUGCCAAGGCGAGGUUGGAUAUGGCGACAUUGCUUUUGACGUCGGUGCCGAACUUGGACCCGGUCAAGGUCUCUCAGGCCAUGCUCAACGCGUUGAACUAUCGGCCAGCUGAUCUCAAGCUUCUGCAAGUAUUGUUGGUGCAGGGGCAUGCCGAUGUCAACGUUGACAACGGCAUUGCCAUGGCUUCCGCAAUCCACAGCCAUGAUCCGCCGGUUCUCGAGACCUUGCUUAUGCACGGCAAACCUUCACACGCAACAGUCAGCAGGGCCGUCAGCGAGUUUGGGCAACUAAUCUAUUCAGAUACCAAGGCUGCCAAGCUUGAGAUUCUCUUGCAAAAGACAAAAGACAGGGCUCCCUUUAACGACGUCCUCGUGAAGGAGGUUCACGCUCUCCUUCAGACCCUUCCCGAACAUCGACAACUAUCCAUCGUCAAGGUUCUCCUCAGCGCCGGUGCCGAUGUUAACUCUCACAACGCCGCCGCUCUUUGCCAUGCCGUAGCCGCAAGCGACACGCAAAUCACCGAUCUUCUCUUCGCGGCCCGCCCGAACCCUGCAUCGCUUGCAUCGGCCUUACCCCACGCUCUGCGGAUCGCCGACCCGAUGGAUCGUCUCGAGUUCUCCCAGAAGUUGCUGGACGCGGGUGCGCCGAGCGCCGAGGUCAACAGAGCUCUCGGAUUCGCUAUCAACACGUACACGAACGACAUACCGCUGCUCCGAACCCUCUCUGCCAAGGCCAAUACGAGCGAUGGAGAGGCUCUGGUCUCAGCAGUCAAGAAGGAACGUCCUGAUAUCGUCCAACUCGUUCUAGCUCAAAAGCACCCUCUACCUGUGCUCAACGAUGCCUUUGCCGAGGCAGCUCUUUUGUCAAACCGAGAAGCAAGGGCAGCGAUAUGCGAAGUUUUGUUGCAGCAUGGCGCUUCGGGCUCCGUACUUUCGGAUGCCUUGCUUGCGGCAGCAGCGGACGGUGAUCUCGUCUUGGGUAAUCUCCUCGUCAGCCACGGGGCGCAGAUUGACGAGGAUGCCAUCGUGGAGGCCUGUCGCUCGGGCGCCGCCGAUGUUCUCAACAUGCUGCUCAGCGGCACCACAACACCCAAGCGAUCGACGAUCGAAAGGGGCUUCCAAGCCGCCACCGAGGUCGGCAACCUCAAGACGCGGGCCGCCAUCCUCGAGCCUCUUCUUAUCCACGGCGUAGAAGGUGAAGCACUCGACGCGCAGCUCGCAUCCGCGGUCCGAUUCGGCGAAGAAGGCGACGACCUGGUCAAGAUUCUACUAGAAGCCGGCGCGGACCCGAACUACAACAAGGGCGAGGCCAUCUGGGCGGCCACGAGGAGCGCCUACCUGAGCAGUCUGAAAAUGAUGCUGGGGUUGGUCGAACUCGGGACGCGGCUAGUGAGUAAACCAUCGAGCGCCUCGUUGAGAUCCAUUGCCUCCGCCAAAUCCCACGCUUCGUUAAAGGGGUCUAACAAGAAGAAGCAACACAAGCCCUCGCAUGCCACGCUUAAUAGGGCGCUGAGGGCUGCUUGGAAACUUAGUCGCGAACCCCGUGCCGCCGCGAUCGAUAUGCUGUUCCGGGCCGGUUUGCCUGUUUCCGACGACUUGCACGUAGUACUGAAUAACGCGAUUAACGAAGAGGAGCUCGACCUCAAGAUCAUCCGGUCUCUCCUCCGAUAUGGUGCCUCGCCGAUCGCCAACGACUGCCAGACCCUGGUCGACGCUACGAGGAGAGCCCUGGUAAAACCGCUUGCCUUCAUGCUCGAGUCCAAAAUCUUAUCGGCCGAUCUCAAUCUCGCCAUUCGAGAAGGGUUCACCCGGGAGAACACGGACGCCUGGUUCUCAGAAGCCGGCUUUACCAUCCUGCACAGCUUUUUGAAAAAGGGAGCCCACGGCGACGGUCUCAGCUCCGUCCUCACCCAGGUUGUCGAUCUGCCGUUAACCGAGAGCGAGCCCGAUAGCCUCGCACUCGCCAACGGCUUCGUCGACAUCCUGCUCGAUCACAAAGUUGACGUGAACUACGCCGACGGCAAGCUGUUGCAGUCAGCAGCCGCUGCGUGCAACUCCUUCUUGGUCAAGAGGUUACUAGAGAAAAAGCCCAAUACCGAGUCCAUAUCCCGAUCAUUUUACCGCAUCUUUGACAAUCCGGCCUCGGAAGACGACGCCCUUGAAUUAAUUACAAUGUUUACUGAAUACGCUGACGGGGAGACGAGGCUGGAUGUCAUGUACACGCCGCCGGACUCGCUGCCCCUGAUGUUCCUUGCCCUGCAGCAGCACCCGCGCUCGAUCCGGAUUACCAAGGCCCUCUUGGAUGCCGGAUACUACUACGAUCAGAUGAUGCCUUGCAAGGUGAUGGAAGACCUUGACGAGGAGGCUAUUACGCUCAUGAUGUGGGCGCUACUUCAGCCGCAGAAGAAGGUCAGCAGUGGCAUCGUGCAAAUGCUCAUCGAGACCGGUGCCAAGGUCAAUUUCGAGUCGAAGAUAUCCCAAUCUACGCCACUCAUGCUAGCUAUCCGAAACCGCCGACCCGAUGUCGUCAAAAUGCUGUUACUAGAAGGCGCAGAGGUGGAUGUGUGCGACGUGAAGGGCAACACGCCACUUACACUGUCGACCGAGGUUGGAGGGGACACAGCCAUCAAGAUGAUGUCCAACUUACUAGCUGCUGGCGCCUCGCGCAAUGAUGGAUCACUCCACAACUCUGCCCGCGAGCUGAACCUCUCAGCCUGCCAGGUCCUGGUACAGUACGGACACGAGCCCGAUUUCCCAAGUACACUUCACGGGGGCCGGAGUGCACUAGGAGAACUUGCCCGGCAUUGCGCAGACAACGGCGAACUCACUGCCGCGCGCCAGAAGCUUAUGGAAAGGGUCAUCAACUUCCUCAUCGAGGCUGGUUCCGACACAACCUUGAGAUCGGAAGGGAAGUCGAUCCUCCUCCUCGCUCUCGAGUCCCGGGACCCCCUAAUCACUUGUCGGACACUCCUCAAGGCGGGCAUGUGGAAGCACAUCAACAAAAAGUUCAACCACUACUCGGACGGCAAGAUGACCUACUCCCCAACAAUGUACGUCAUGCACGUCCUCCCCAAAUCAGACCAGCAAGACGCCCUCAUCAAGCUCCUCCGCGCCAACCGCGCCGAGGACGUCUACUACGCCAACAUGGGGCCCCAACCCGAAGGCGCCGUCGGCAUGCCGGAGGACGUCGAAGCCCAAGAACGCACCCGUCGCGCCCGCCUCGAUCGCAUCAACCUCGAGCAGGAAGACCACGCCCUCUCGAUCGCGCGCAACCGCGAGCUGGCGACGGUGCAAGCGCAAAUCUGGUCCGCGCAGGCGGAGCUCGAGGAUUCUAGACGGCAGCGCGUGGCGCAGGACGAGCUGGUGGCGCUCAACGAGCGCGCGCGCAUCGAGGAGGACCACUUCGCCGCCCAGAUGCGGCGUAAGCGCAAUGAGCGCAGCGCAGACCUGGAGCACCAGGCCGCGCUGACGGAGGCGAGCAUCACGCGGGCGCGGGCCGUGGAGCUGGCCGAGUCGGACCUGACGAUGGCGCGGCAGAGCAUGAUGCUCGAGUGGGAGAAGCAGAUUGCGACGGAGAAGGUCGACCAGGCCAAGACGCUGAGCGCGAUCCGCGUCGCGGAGAGGGAGGAUGUGGAUCGUCUGGACCGGGAGCAGGAGGAAAGGUUCCGGGCGCGGUUGGCGGAGCAGAGGAGGCUUGUUGACGGGCAGACGAACCUUGCGAGCCAGCUCACCAACGCGGGGGUUAAUGGGAGGAGGCAGAUUGGGUACAUCACUGGGGAGAUUAGAGAUUAAUCGAGGGGGGCCAUGGAUGGAUCUGUGAAGCUUGGCUCUAUGGCUUUCGAGACAUGGAGGUUUUGAGCGCGGGGGAUGAGCGUGGUCGUUGGUGGGCUAAGUCACAACUUCGGCUUACGGCUGCGACAAACACGUUACUGUGGUACUUCUGGCAACUGGCUUUCAGCAAAAUCAAAAAGUUAGAGAGGGAUACGGCUUGGAUAGGAAUAGGCGUUUGAUGGUUCUCCCACUCUUUAUUGGCGGGACGGGCGCAUAGCUGGGAUUCAAAUGGGGGCUCUAUCUUUAUCAAACCUAGGAUACACUUUGGGAAUUUGAAG